UCCGAUACACUCGACACUGUGAGAACGGGCAGCAAAAGUUUUAAAUAAUAAAAUUGUUUUUACUUGUGUCCGAGAGAUAUAAAACUCGUUUUACUUGUUAAUAUAUAUUUUUACACUUUUUUCGAGAACGCGCGGUACAACUUUACGUACGUGUUUUCUUGUCGAUCUUCUCGAUUCGGGAGUAAAAUGAACGUUUAACCAAAAAGUAAGGUUAAUUAUGAAACAUUUGAUUGAAACUAGCCAAAGAGAUUAGUUUCACUCGUUUUCGAUUAACUUAAAUAAAGUGUCAACUGUGAUUAGUCAGUUCAACAGAAUAAUUAUACAUAUGAAAGUAAAAAUUGCAGCAUAGGAACUAUAACAAAGUAUAACAGCAUGGAUCCAGCGUUAUUCAGGGAACGUGAGCUCUUUAAGAAACGAGCUCUGAACACACCAGUAAUUGAAAGCAAGAAACAAGAGAAGGAUAUCAAGAAAGAUGAACCAUCAAAGAAAAAUGAACAACCAAAGAAGAAACCUAAACCAUCUUCUUUGAUAUCAACAGGACCAAAGUUGGACAUGGUUAAUUAUAAACCCAUGGCUGGUACCCAAUAUAAGUUUGGUGUAUUGGCCAAGAUAGUGAAGCAUAUGAAAGCAAGGCAUCAAGAAGGAGAUGACCAUCCAUUAACAUUAGAUGAAAUUUUAGAUGAAACAAAUCAAUUGGAUGUGGGAUCAAAAGUCAAACAAUGGCUACAGACCGAAGCACUAGUAAAAAAUCCUAAAAUUGAAAUAACAUCUGAUAAUAGAUUUGCUUUUAAACCAAUGUAUAAAAUAAAAGAUAAGAAAUCUCUGCUGAGGCUUUUGAAACAGCAUGACUUGAAGGGUCUUGGUGGUAUAUUGUUGGAAGAUGUACAAGAGAGUUUGCCCCAUUGUGAUAAACAUUUAAAAAGUUUACAAAACGAAAUAUUAUUUAUUAUGCGACCAAUUGAUAAGAAAAAGAUUCUCUUUUAUAAUGACAAGACAGCACAGUUUCCUGUAGAUGAGGAAUUUCAAAAAUUGUGGAGAGGAGUUGCAGUGGACGCUAUGGAUGAUCAGAAAAUAGAUGAAUAUCUUGAAAAACAAGGAAUCAGGUCAAUGCAAGACCAUGGACUCAAGAAGCCAGCGCCGAUUAAACGAAAGAAGCCUGUUAAUAGAAGAAAACAGUUUAAAAAGCCAAGAGAUAAUGAGCAUUUGGCAGACGUUUUGGAAACAUACGAUGAUUAAAAUGAAUGAGAAUGUCAUAUGGUCUGCCAUACUUCAAGCUCUUUAUGUGGUAUACUAUUAAAAACUUGUAAACUAUUAAUGUUACCGAAGUUUAGAGAUUUAUACACAUAUUCUUUUGCCACAAAUAGAGAAAAUUUGUAAUACA